UGAGUAGUGGAUCUUAGAGAGUUAGUCAGUAGGUCAGUGUGUCCGGGUAGGUCUAAGUGGUGGGGGGGGGGGCGUUGUCGUGCACCUGACGCCACAAUGGACGACUAUCCGAUGUAUGGGUUGCUGGUUGGGUUCUCUCUCUGGGGGACCCUCUGACGCCUCCUCUUUCCUCUGGGUUUCUGGCCCACUUUCACGUGUAGAUUAGGGCCCACUCAUGGUGGUACUUCCACCACGCCAUACACGAAGGAGGAGGAGGAGAAGAUGGCCGCCAUCUUGCAGGAGAGGAAGGAGAAGAAGCAGGCCAAGAGGAAGGCCUUGAAGGAGGAGCAGGCGGCCAAAUUGUAGAAGAUAGAAGAAGAGAUGGCCAGGGAGAAAGAGAGGUUGAAAAAGGAAGAAGAAGAGAAGCUGAAAGAGGUGGAUGAAGAAGAGGAACGACCGCCACUGCAAAGGAAGAGUGGGCAAAACAGUGGCAGCAACGGUAAUGAGAUGGAGAAGAAGAUUUCGGAGUGGGUCGCCAGCUUAUCCCUAGGCCAGGAAGAAGAGGUGAUGACGUACAUCCCAAAGGAUGACCAAGAGGCUGCCAUGAAGGCUUGGGAUGCAGAGAAAGACCCUCUUAGGCGACAGGUACUAGAGGAUCAACAGAGGAUGGAGUGGAAACUUGCCAUGAUGAGGGAGAAGAAGAGAAGGGUGGAUGCGGCGAGUGAAGCGGUAGAGAUACUCGCCCAGAGCGUCGAGCGGCUAGCAAAGAUACAAGAACAACAAUACGAGUUUAGCCGAAGCCAGGACAUAGUUGUGCGCUCGAUGCGAAUGGGAUUCCGGGACUUUGCGCGCGAGCUGAUAGGAGCCGUAGGGGCCGAGGUGAAUCAUCGCCUCAAGAAGACUGAGCGUUUUUGUGUCGGCGCCAUUGAGGGCGUCAAGGUAGCAGCUCCCAAGGAGGAGGAGACUCGUCCUCGCAGGGAGCCAGUCAAAGUCAAAUUCCUUGAUUCCUACAGUGGRAAAAGGGAAGAGAACUUUGAUAAUUGGGAGGCCAAUGUCAGGACCUAUGUGCAUCUGCAACAGGUCUCCCCGGAUCAGCAGGUCCUAAUUGCGAUCCACGCGCUUAAGGAUGAGGCCGCUAGCUUUGCAAGGUCCCUUGUUCGCGCUGCCAACUGCAGUGAUGAUCCAGUUGCAUACUCCACAUUCACCCCCCUCGUUGAGUUCCUGAAAUUGCUGCGCGAGCAAUUUGCUGAUGUCGCUCGUAGUGUUAAAGCGUCAGAUAGGCUGCAGACGAUCCACGCCCGCAAAUGGAAGAGUGCCAGGGCACUCAAGAGUACAAUGGAUGAGUUAGUGGCUGUCCCUGACCAUGGGGUUUCGGACACCCAGUUGGUCGGCCUCUUCUAUCGGGCCAUACUCGAAGCCCUUCGAGGGCAUUUCUUCGCAAAGAGCGAAGACCCCGCCACUACGUAUGAUUCUCUUAGCCGUGAAGUGGUGGCUUUUGAAGCCAAGUCUUCGCUUGUGUCCACCUUCUGGCACAAAGACUUGGAUAAGGGAAAGCAAUGGAAGGGCCGCAUUAUUUCUGGGCAAGUGAAGACUAAGGAUAACCUUGUCCUGAUCUUAGAUGAGGGUAGUGUGGAUGAGAUCCCCUACGACCAGAUUGAGUGGGGGUUAGAGGAGGAGGACAGUGGUGUGGGACAGGGGAGGACCUACGCUGCUGUCGCGGCUGGAGGGAGGCCGCAAGGAGGACGAGGCCAGGGCCAAGGGGGCCGGGCCUCAGGGAGCCGGUUUCAGGGCGAUCAGGGGGUUGGCGGUAGAGGAGGAAACCGCCAAGCGGGAGGCAGGGGUCAAGGUCCCCCGCAAAACGGUGCUAGGAAUAGGUCUCCCUAUAGGGUAGGAGGAUGGCACCCAAGGCUACCGCAGGCUAAUUACUAUAGGAAGUUCGUGAAGAACUUCUCCACCAUCGCUGCGCCCCUUCGCAGAUUGCUGAGAAAGGAGACCAUCUGGAAGUGGGAUAAGGACUGCAAGUCUGCUCUGAAGAAGUUAAAGCAAGCAUUGAUAGAGUAUCCAGUCCUUAAAGUCGCCGACCCGUCCUUGCCCUUUGUCGUCACGACUAAUGCGAGUCAAUACGGCAUAGGCGCAGUGUUGCAGCAAGACGAUGGCAAUGGGUAUAGACCCGUAGAGUUCAUGUCCGCCAGGAUGCCUUCAGAGAAGGUCGCGACAUCUACCUAUGAGAGGGAACUCUACGCUCUCAGGCAAGCCUUAGACCACUGGAAGCACUACUUGCUUGGGAGACACUUCAAAGUCUAUUCUGACCAUGAAACGUUACGAUGGUUAAAGACACAGGCCAAGAUGACACCUAAGCUUACUAGGUGGGCUGCAGAGAUAGAUCAGUACGACUUUGAGCUCAAGCCUGUCAAAGGGAAGUACCGCGUGGAGCCCAGCUAUGGCGCCAGGUAAGUUCGUCGCUUGCAGGUAAGGCCUCUGCCUCUCUCCACUACCUACUCCGCUACUCCCUACUCCGUAGCUUGGCGCAGAAAUAAAGCUGCUUCAACCAG